UUUCUCUCCCCCAUUGCUUCACUAGUAUUUUCUCACUUCCUUCAAACUCUCUCUCUCUCUAGAAACCGUAAUCUCUUCAGACGAUGGCUGUUCCGGUUGUCGAUCUCCUCAACAACUCCGAUUCAUCAUCCGACGAAGACUUCAGCGAAGACUCCGAAAACUCUUAUUCAUCGGAGGACGAAUCCAUGGAAGACGAACCGUCCGAGUCGGAAAUCACCACUGCAACAGAAACCGAGACGAAGGAGGAGGAGGAGGAAGAAGAGGAGUUUUGGAUAAAGUAUCCUUAUUUGAAGAGUUUUCUGAGCACCAUUGUUGCUCAAGGUUUGAUUCCAGAGUACUAUGUUUACGAGAGAGCCAAGCUUAUCGGGGAAGAGAAGGCCAAAGAGCUGAACGAAAGAGGCGAGGCUUUGUUUCUCAAGGAACUUGAAGCUUGCAAGGACAAGUGCGAGCUCGUUGCCUCUGCCAUCAUCGCUAUGAAGUCCGUUAAAUGAUUUUUUUUUGUUUCUUGAAAUCGUUGGGAACUUUUGUUUAUGAUAUUGUGGAUUGCUUUUGUACUCACUCAAAGUGGCUUAUGAUAAAAUCGUUUUCUUUUA